AUGUUGUUCAAGGUGUUGGUCGCUUCAUUGGUUCUACAACAAUGUAAGUUUUCAGGCUUCGUAUAGUAUUAUUAUAGUCAUUAUACUAGUAAAAAGGUAGUAGAUGACUAAUACAAUAUCAGCUAAAAUCUUGUCGUCAGUUUGAAUUAAAGUCUAAAUUCAAAAACGACAAGAGUUUCUAGACACAAAAACUCAGUAUGUUAAUAUAAGAUUGGCCAUGCCUUUGAUAAUAAUAUAACUCUAGGCUACUCUCAUCACACUCAUCGUCCCCACAAUGGUACUGAUGUGUCUUCUGAUUCUGUUCAUGAGGUAGUAAGAGGCAAACGUCAAGGUGGCUUUGGAGGUGGUCAAGGAGGUCAAGGAGGACAAGGUCAAGGCGGUUUUGAAGGACAAAACGGACAGCAAGGAGGCUUUGGAGAUGGACAAGGUGGUCAAGCUAACCAAAGAGGUGGUCAAGGAGGUCAAGGUGGACAAAAUGGAUUCGGAGGUCAGGGAGGUCAAGGAGGCUUUGGUGGUCAAAGUAACAACCAAGGUGGAAGCCGUUUCCAACGUUCUCUGACUGAAUCUAGUCAACAAAGCGGCCAAGGAAGACAAGGUAGUCAAGGACAAAGCAACAACCAACAAGAAGGUCAGAGACAACAAGGUGGUCAGAAACAGCAGAACAACCAACAAGAAGGUCAACAAGGUCAAGGCGGAUCUUGUGUUUACGGAAAUAACCAAAACGGCAACCGUUCCCAACGUUCUUUGACUGAAUCUAGCCAACAAAGCGGCCAAGGAAAACAAGGAGGAAGCCAAGGUCAAAGACAACAGAACAACCAACAAGAAGGUCAAAGAGGUGGUCAAGGAAGCCAAAGAGGUCAAAGAGGUGGUCAAGGAGGUCAGCAAGGACAGGGAAGUCAGAAUGGACAAGGCGGCAGCCAAAGCAACAACCAAGGUGGAGGUCGCUUCAGACGUGCCAACUCACAGAACGGUCAAAGCCGUGGUGGAAGCCUUAACAGUCAAGGAGGUCAAGGUCAGAGUGGUGGGCAGAAGCAGAACAAUAACCAACAGAAACAACAAGGUCAAAGGCAACAGAACAACCAACAAGGAGGCCAGAGCGGUGGUCAGGGAGGUCAAGGCGGUCAGAGAGGUGGUCAAGGAGGUCAAGGAGGCAGACAGAAUGGAGGUCAGAACAACAGAAACUAA